AUGAGAGGACUCUUUAUUGUUUUGGAAGGAUGUGACAGAUCUGGAAAAUCAACUCAAUGCCAUCAACUUGUGAAACAGCUUCAAGCAAAAGGAUAUUCUGCUCAGUACCGCAAUUUCCCUAAUCGCACAACACAAACAGGCAAGAUGAUUGACAGUUAUCUUCGACAAGCAACAGAACUGGAUGAUCAUGCUGUACAUUUGUUAUUUUCUGCAAAUCGCUGGGAAGCAAUGAACUCUAUAAAAGAUACAUUGGAAUCAGGCAUCACUCUUGUCGUCGACCGGUACGCCUUCUCCGGUGUUGCGUUUUCUUCAGCAAAGGGCCUUGAUUUGAAUUGGUGUAAGCAGCCUGAUGUUGGUUUAUUGUCUCCUGAUGUGGUGGUUUUCUUGGAUCUCUCGAUUGAUGAAGCUGAAAAGAGAGGUGGCUAUGGUGAGGAACGGUAUGAAAGACGCGAAUUACAGACCAAGGUCAGAAACCAGUUUAUGAAAUUGAAGGACGACACAUGGAAGGUGGUCAAUGCGGCCCAGUCUGCAGAGCAAGUCGAGAAGGGGAUUUGGUCUAUUGUUGAAGCUGCCCUGAGCACAAGCACAAAUCAACGCAAAUCACUUUUGUAUAGUCUCUGGAAGGAUUGA